UCGCCAGCCUUCCAAUCCUGAGCAGAGGUCGCAGGCUCGCAGCGCACCACCCCUCCCACCCAUGUCGUCUCCGCUCCCUCGUCACGCGCAGACUCCCACGCUGCCGACCACCGCCCCCGCAUGCCUCCGCCGCCGCCCGCGUGGCAGUCUCCUCCUCGUCCGCGGCUCAUCCGUAGCCGCCACCGCCGCGACGCCUCACGUGGCCGUGGCCGCGGUCGCCUCCCCGGGGCUCUCGUGCUCCCACUACUCCGUGGCAGCCUCCCCCUCCACCUCCCCACGGUGUUCAGCCGGCGGCCUCGUCGUCCUCGCCGUCGCUGCUUCCGCGAGAUCCACAUCUUGCCAAGUCUGCUGACGCAUAAUUUGGACUGCAUUCUUCAUUUGUAUGUCGCUGUAUCUGCGUGCAUGAUAUUCUUUUCGGCAAUUCGCUCCAUGCUGGCAUGUAAGAGGGCAGCUGAGUUUCUUGAAAAAUACUUCGAUUCAGCAAGAGAGAAGCUUCCUGAAACUAUGGCUUCAGUGAGACUAGUUGGAAGGGAGGUCAGUGACUUGGCCGUGGAUCUUAGUGAUCUAAGUCAAGAAUUGACAAAGGGUGUAAAAAGUUCCAUGGGCAUUGUUCACACAGCCGAGGCUCAACUUGGCCAGCCGGCACCCUCAGCCCUUGCAGGAACUGCACAGAGGAUGUCUAAUCAGAAGAAAGUGUUGGGGGAGUCAUUGCUGGCUAGCACCGUGAGAGAUCUGCGAGAGUUGGUUGCAGACAUCCGUUCAGGAUUUGGAGCAGCGUCCGGCAUCGUCAGCCUUUUUGUGUGGGCGUCAAACUUUGGUUCAAAGCGCCGUAAGAAUCGCUCAUAGUGAAAUGAAUGUUGAUGUCAGUUGAACUAGUCUUGUUACUGUUGCUACAACACGCUAAUGACUGCUGGACGUAACUUCCACCCGUAACAGACAAGCAAACAGCCUCGCCCCAGGGCGGAGCUACAGUGAUUCAUAGUUAUUCAGUUGAAUACC